CAAUCCAUUCUCUAUUCUUUACUUUACCUUAAAUAUCCAUCUUAAAAUUCCCAAAUAUUAUGGCCCAAUUCCAAAUAUCUUAAUGCAAAAACCAUUCGUCUUGCCCAAUUAGGGCUCUCAUUGGCCCACUACAAUUGUAUCAACCCAAGCCCACGAAACAAACAUAAGACCCCAUAAAUUUGAUUUAUGCUCUCUUAGUAUACCAGAAAUCACAAAUCAAUUACUGCUAGAAAUCGAAAGAAGGAAGAAGAAAUGGCAGCAACACCAGAUCAUCUGUUCAGUUUGCGUAACAACUUCUACUUAGGAGCCUAUCAAGCUGCCAUCAACACCAGCGACCUUCCCAUUUUUUCCCAUGAUGACUCUGUGGAGCGUGACUGCCUUGUUUAUCGUUCUUACAUUGCCCUUGGCAGCUACCAGCUUGUGAUUCAUGAGAUUGAUGAUUCCGCUGCUACUCCACUUCAAGCUGUGAAAUUGCUCGCUUUGAAUCUCUCUAGCCUGAAAGCAAGACAGGAAUCCACAAUUUCAAGCUUAAAAGAGUGGUUGGCUGAUUCAGCUAUUGCAAAUAAUUCUAUCUUGAGGUUGAUUGCUGGAAUCAUAUUAAUGCAGGAGGAGGAUUACAAUGAGGCUCUGAAACACACUAAUGCUGGAGGCACUAUGGAACUGAACUGUUAUGUUCUGACUUUUUUUGUAACCAAGGUUUCAAAAGAGAAUGGGAAAGCUGUUUGUUGCAUUCACAUGGGUAAUUUUGAUGAAGCUGAAACAUUGUUGCUCGAGGCCCAAAACAAGGAUGCAAAGGAUCCAGAGACUCUAGCCAACUUCGUUGUAUGCAGUCUUCACAUUGGCAAAUCUUCUUCACGUUAUCUCAGCCAGCUGAAGCUUUCACAUCCAGAUCAUAUGCUUGUUAAACGUGCAUCAUCUGCCGAAAACAAUUUCAGAAGAGCAGUUCAAUCAGUUGCUUGAUGUUUUGUUGGUUUUGGUUUUAGUUAACAAGGUGAAUCCUAUUGCUUCACUUUUGUCGCAAUUGUUUUUAGGGGAUUCCGCAAAACCCCUCUAUAAGCUAGGAAAUAUAAAACCGAACCGAACUGGAGUAUUUUUUUUGAUGUAGAGCUCAGAUCUAAUUAGUGGCAUUUCCCAUGUCUUGUUGAA